UUCAAUCCCAGGGCGGCCGGCCGAUCCCCCUCCCACCCACUCCGCCCAGGCGGCCGCAGCUAAAACCCGAGGCUCCCACGUGUAACCGCGUCUUCCCUGAGCCCGGGCGGGCGCACGCUGUCAACCACCCAAGCUGUUAAGUCUCCAGAAGAGUCUCCUGCCGGAGGUUCGCACCCCAGACAGAUCCCGAGGGCCGGCUGCUUCAUGGAGCCGCAGGGGGCGCAGCUGUUAACUCUGGAGGCACAGGGGCCCGCGCCCUGUGGGGAACCCCCACCAGCCCCAGAGCUGCCCGCCGCCGGGGUCCUCUGCCCGGAGGGUGGCGGGGACGGCGGCAGCGCAGCGGAGUCGGGGAGCCCCGACGCCGAGCCCUCGUCCCCCGAGGAGGAGGCUGCCCUCCGGGAGCAGGAGGAGCUGCUGGCGUGCCGCCGCCGCCGCCGCGCGCGCUCCUUCUCGCUGCCCGCCGACCCGAUUCUGCAGGCGGCCAGGCUCCUGCAGCAGCGCCGGCAGCUCGGCCUGGGGCUGGGCGCGGAGGGCGGCGAGGGGCCCGAGGACGCGCAGCACAGCCCGGGCGGCUGCUGCGCCAAGUGCAAGAAGCGGGUGCAGUUCGCGGACGCGCUGGGGCUGAGCCUGGCCAGCGUCAAGCACUUCAGCGAGGCCGAGGAGCCGCGGGUGCCACCGGCCGUGAUCUCCCGCCUGCACAGCUUCCCCAUGAGCGCCGAGGACCUGCAGCAGCUGCCGGGCCUGCUGGCGGCGGCCGGCGCGCCGCUGGGGGCGCCGCCUCCCCGGCUCCGUCCGCUCUUCGAGCUUCCCGGGCCGGGCGCCGCGGCCGAGCGCCUACGGCGGCAGCGCGUGUGCCUGGAGCGCGUGCACUGCCCGGCGCCCGGGGCCGCGGAGGUGAUGGGCUCCGGGCGGGUGCUGGGCUGCCCCGGACCGCGGGCCGUGGCCGUGCGCUACACGUUCACCGAAUGGCGCUCCUUCCUGGACGCGCCCGCGGAGCUGCAGCCCGAGCCCGCGGAGCUACAGCGGCAGGAGACGCCGUCGGGGGAGCCUGGGCCCGGGGGCGCCGAGGAGGAGCCGGGCGCCGAGCGCUUCCACUUCUCGCUGUGCCUGCCCCCGGGUCUGCAGCCCAGGGACGGGGAGGACUCCAACGCGCCGGACGUUGCCGUCCACUUCGCGGUCUGCUACCGCUGCGCCCAGGGCGAGUUCUGGGACAACAACGCGGGCGCCAACUACACGCUGCGCUACGCGCCCCCGCACUCCCCCUGAGCGGCCCGGCCGCGGCGCCGCAGCACCGGAGGGGCCGUGGGACCGAGCCGCGCUGGGGGACUUGACCGGACUCUUGGCUGAACGUCGUCCCCCUGGAGUGUGGCGGUGCGGAGGGAAAGGAGGGAGCCGCUCAGUGGUGAAGUCGCCCCCAGACAGAUCCUGUGGCCCAGCACGGUGAGCCGCGCUGCCGGCCGGUUUUCCCAUCGCGCAGGCCUUCCUAGCAGACCUCUCGAAUUCUAUCUAUCGAUACACCAGCGUCAGAAUGGAAAGUGACCACUAGUUUUCGCCAAGAAAAAGGCUCCUGACCACGGAGCAAGGCUGUAAGACCUUUGGAUGUGUUUUUAACUGUAGACGUCGCGUUUUAGCCUUUGCAGCUUGUUGGAGACCCCUCGAUCUCAGGAAAGGACGAAGCACCCCGCCACAGAGCCCCUAAGGAAGGCACUGGGACUGUGGGUGCACGGUGGGGCCGGGGAGGGGGGUUGAGGCGUUUCUCAGAGAAAACCGGGUGGGGCCUUGGCUGUCUUUUUAACUCGGGAGAAGGUGGUCCAAAUAACUUGCCGUUAUUUACUUGUGCCUUAGUAGAAAUGUCCUUUUAAAAAGUAAAGGCCACUUGCACACCCUUUUAUGUUGCACUUUAUAUCUCAGCUCCUGGGGAUUUGAGAGGUCUUGACAGGCAGGCUAGCUUUUUCAGCUAAUGAUGCAUGCAACUUAACAGUAGUUAAACAACGGUAAUUCUAAAUUUCCUUUCUUCCAUCCCCACUGACUGCUGUAAAAGCCAAAAUUUCCCAUACUGGGCCAAAAAGAAAAUGUUCUUCCAAAUGUUUUGUGGCAGGAAUUUGAUCACAGAAAAAUAUAAGCAUGGUCUAAUAAGCUUGGUUUAAGUUCUAAAGAGCUGCCAAUUAUGUGACGAUUUCCCGAUCUUCUUUCCUGCAGUUUCUUGUGAUUAAAAUAACCCUUAUCAAUGGGUGUUUCAAACAUUGAAACUUUUUUCUGUCCCCUGCCAAAAUAAUAAGUUGGUGAAUUGAAACAUCAGAGUAGUCAUCUAGCUGGCCCCUUGUUCCCAACCUCUUUUGUGGAGGCAGAGCACAUACCCGCUGCUAGCAUCCUCUUGGCAGGACUGUGGGCACAGGGCCUGGCCACUGAUGGCUGUAGAUGCCAAGAUGAGGUGGCCGUGCAUGAGCAGGGUGGGGCCGAGGGGGCAUCCUGAAUGAGGACUUGGUUCCUUCACAUCUUGGUCACCCUUCAGUAAUUUGUCUUUCCCCAGUUUUCAUGUAUUCCUGCACAGGACUAGUAUAAUGAAUCCGUUUUGUAAUGGUCAUCUUCCAGGAGUGAAGGGUGGUUUAAUUACUGAAUAAGGGUAGGCAUAUUCAUCCCGUGGCCAAAUUCAGCCUGGUGCCUGUUCUUGUAGGGCCUGAGAGCUAAGAAUGAUUUAUAUAUUUUUAAACAGUUGAAAAAUUCAAAAGAGUACUAUUUUGUGAGACAUGAGAAUUAUGAGAUUCAGAUUUCAGGGUCCAUAAACAAGAUUUUAUUGGAACAUA